AUGAGACUCACAGUUUCCACCGUUCUUCACCACGUGUGGUCAGAGUUUGGCCUCGUUGACUUGGUUAUUACUGUUACUCUGAUCAUCUUCACCACAUGGAAAUGGAAACGUGAGAAAUCAGAGCUGUUAAAGACAAAUGCUCAUCUCACAGAGGAGUCACUACAGAGUCAGAGAGCGAGGGACGAUGCGUUCGCUGCUCUGAUGGUGGUGAAGGAUGAGCUGCUGAACCAGAGGAGACGACUCCAAGCUCAGCUGGAGGAGGUGGAGCAGGAGCGAGAAGAAAACAAGCAGAAGCUCCAGUCUGUGGAGAAAGAAAUAACAAAGCAAGAGAUACUGUUCAACAAACCAGGGGAGUUGUUAAGAGAGAAGGAAAAUCUGCUGCGAGACCAGUGGAAACUGGACCAGACAAAGAAAGACACAGAGAAACAGCUGCUGAGCUCCGAGAGACUGCUGGAGCUCAUAGAGGCGAUCGAAUAGAAGAAAACAGCAAACAAAGCCUUCAGACACACAUUAGACUCCAUGAUGUUUAUAGGAACUGAGACAGUACUAGUGUAAAUAAAGACUAAGAUAUCAUCCACUCUCAAUCUCAAUGAGAUGCACGGAGGACGUGGACAUGAUGAAAACCCUGAAGUUAUAAAGCAGUUAGCAAAGUUAGGAACGUUUUAUCAGUUAAAAUAUAAAGCGUUUUAUAUUUGUGAUUUGAUUCCUUUGGUUUUUUACAUUUUUUAACAUUUUAGUUGCAAGAGUUAGUUUUUCUAACUAACAUAUUGUCUGGAUGCUCUCUUGUCUAGUUAAACUACAGUAGAACGUGUUGCUUUCAAUGUUUACUGGUGUUUAUUACUGUUGGAGAAUGAACUGGUCAAAGGUCGACGUUUGAAUGAGAGCGUGAUUCAGGUUUUAUAGGUUCCUUUCAUUCUACACUGAAGUCUGGGCCCUGAUUGAACAUUAACCAGUAAAUAACGACAGGCAGCUGCUCCUCUUGAGCUUAAGGAACCGGUCAGAUCUCACUGCAUUUGUGUUUGUUCACACUUGAAAUGUUUCCUAUGAUAGUGUUUUUACUAGGUUCACACAAGAAAAAUUAUGAAUGCUAACAAAUCUACACACACUCACAUCAAGUCUAAUUACUAUUAUCUAAUUACAUCUAAUUACUAGCUUUAGUUUUAUUAUACAUGCUACUGCAUGGA